UGAGGGAGUCCCUCGUGUCACACGAGUUGAUUAUUAAAAUGAUUAAAGACAAUCAAGACCUUGUAUGCCAAAGAUUGUCAAUAAAUACACACAUUUCAACACCCAUAAGGUUCAUCUCUUCCAUCAAUUAGAGCUCAAUAAUUUACUGAUACGAAAUGGCGAGGAUGUACCGGAAGUUGGCACUCUGCGGUGGUGAAGGAGGAAAGGAAUGGGACGACGAUGUAUAUGAGGGUGUUCAAAAAGUGUAUGUAGGGCAAGAUCUCAACCGUAUCACUUACAUCAAAUUUGAGUACGUGAAGGAAGACGGCGAAGUAGUAACAACUGAAUAUGGGACAAUAAAUCAACACCCUAAAGAGUUUGUACUUCAAUACCCGGACGAACACAUCAUAGCAAUGGAGGGAAGCUACCACCCAGUGGCUCUCAUUGCCACGGAGGUAAUUACGUCCCUCGUGUUCAAGACCUCAAAGGGUAGAUGCUCUCCAACGUUUGGUCCAAACUUAUUUGGAAUUACGAGCGGUACAAAGUUUGUUUUUGAGAAUGAGGGAAAGAAGAUCGUAGGGUUUCAUGGACGGGCAGGUGAUGCUCUUGACGCACUUGGAGUUUACUUUGUAUUGGAUUCCACGCCGUUCCCUCUUUACAAGCUGGAUGCCCAAGGUGGAACAGACGGGCGUGUUUGGGAUGAUGGUUCUUAUGACGGCCUUAAAACGCUGCGCAUUGGUAAAGAUAAUUCUCGUAUCACUUAUUUAGAGUCCGAGUACGAGAAAGGUGGGGAAUCAAAGACAUGUAACCAUGGGGUGAAAGGAGAUACACCAUCCGAGUUUGUGCUUGGUUAUCCAGACGAAUACAUCAAAUCGGUGGAAGCAACCUAUCAGAAGCCAAACAUUUUUAGCAAUACCGUCAUUACGUCACUUAAGUUUGAGACAUCAAAGGGGAGAACGUCAUUCUUUGGGUAUAAUGUGGGUAAGAAGUUUGUGUUGGAGCAAAAGGGUCAUAGGCUUGUCGGGUUCCAUGGAAAGGAAGAUGCAGCUAUUGAUGCUAUUGGAGCAUAUUUUGGACCUGUUCCUACUCCUACUCCCUUGAUUCCAUCCAAGAAACUACCAGCGAUAGGCGGCAACGAAGGAGUUUCAUGGGAUGAUGGUGUCUACGACGGUGUAAGGAAGAUACUUGUAGGACAAGGUAACGAUGGUGUAUCCUUUGUCAAGUUUGAGUACAGUAAGGGCAAAGAACUUGUAUCAGGAUAUGACCAUGGGAAGAAGACAUUACUCGGAGCUGAAGAGUUUGUGCUUGAAGAUGGUGAAUAUCUCAUAACCAUAGAUGGCUACUACGAUAAGAUCUUCGGAGUCGGGGAACCAAUAAUUGUCUGUCUUCAGUUUAAGACCAACAAAAGGGAGUCAAUGCCGUUUGGAAUGGAUUCUGGUAAGAAGUUCUCGCUUGGAGAGGAGGGCCACAAGAUCGUUGGAUUCCAUGGACAAGCUAGUGAUGUAGUUCACAGCAUCGGAGUCACUAUCGUGCCUAUCACCACCACCGAGUGAAAACCUUCUAUCAUAUUAAUAAAUCCAGCCAGUCAUAUAUAUAUAUACUAAAUGAAACUUCCAAUAAGAAUGGUGUAUGUGUUCUGUUUACUAUGCUACUUUUAAUAUGUGGUUGUAGGUUCAAGUAACUUACUGUUUGUGCUAAUAAUUCCAAUAAGAUUGGCGUGUGUUUUCUUGUUAUUUUACUGGCAAAAAAUAAAGAUUAAUGAACGAAUAAACUUUUCCCUU